AUGUCCUACUCGGGUUCUUUUGGACAGGUCCCUAGCCCCCGUGGCCGGUCUAGUACCUUUGGACUCGACCCAAGCCCUCGCGGCCGCUCAGCUAGCCGGCACGACGACGACAUCUUCGGUAGCCCGAGAUCACGCUCCUCCAGGAGCAAAAGCCGGCCUCGGCUUACGGAAGCCGAACUCGGCUAUGACCCGCUUAACCCCAUCUUUGGAAGCUCCCGCCCUCCUCGUUCUUCCAGCCGAUCCCGCCGUCCUAGUCUUUCUGUGGCUUACACCGGGGCGUCGUUUCUCUCUCCUGGCUCGCACGACCCUGACUAUCUGGUUCCCAUAUCUUGGUCUCCAGCAUCCCGCAGUCCUCGGUCGACCUCUCGCUACCCCCCUUCGGCUUCCAAAUCAGGCUCUCUAUCUGGUCGAAGCCGGAGCCGGUCAAGACGCAGAUCAUCCAUUAGUCUCAGCGACGCUCCACCCUCUGGCGUAUUCCCUUUUGAACUCGGCACGGACGAAUUACUAGGGUACACACCGGACGGCAGCUCGCGACGGCCAAGGGCAGCAAGCUCGGAACGGCGGGCACAGGAGCCCUUUAAGUCAAGAAGUGGAACUGCCUCCUGGUCCGACGACGAUCCAUAUGGACCUAGCGGAAUCUCGCGAAGGCCCACAGCCCCGGCCUUAGAUCAGCCGUUCAAAUCCAAGUUCUUCGGGAGUGGAACCUCCUCUUCUUCUGGGUCUGACCCUUCAAUUCCACGGCCCCUCGAGGGAGACCCGUCAUUCACGGGCGGGCGAAGGUCACGCUCGAGCGGCCGAAGCAAAGACAGCAGCCUGUUCGGCCGUGCCAGUGGGGAGGAGGACUUUGCGCUCCCGCUGCCGACUACUUCUAUUGGUCGGACUGGCGGGCCCCGUGGAUAUGCUCAAACCCAGCCUACUUCGUUCAAGUCAGGAUUCUCGGACCAGAUGGAAUACGAUGAGAAUGGCCAAGAGCAUUUUCGACCCGGAACCGAGAUCCACGCACGCCAUAGUGCAUACAAGGACAACAAUAGACGUGCAAGGUUUGCCAUUGCUGCGUACAAGGACAAGAAAAUGGAGUUCCCUUCACGCAAGCAGGUCCUUUCCGGGCCAGACGCCGCCAUUGGCGAGUCCAACCGUUACGGUCUGGGAGGCAACUUUACCAUCCCUGAGCACCAAAAGCUCCGCUCUCUUGCCCACGACGGCUUCAAACACCGCAGAGCCGAGACCAUCGGCAGGGAGUCCUUCAACAAGGACUAUGCCAAUGUCUGGGAAAAGAGGGCGUUACAAACGGAGCAGAAGAGUGAUCUGAACCACGAAAGGGUCGCCCGGGAAAUCCGACAAAAUGCCAAUGACUGGCGUGACACCCGGGAGAGGCACGCCGAGGCAAUGGUCGAUUUGGGGUUUCCAGAGACUAGCCUCACCCCCUACAGCUCAUGGGGCAGCGGUGGACGCAGUCACCGCAGCUGAGGAUCUCGUGCCCCCAUUUGGGCCUUUACUUUCUGUUGACCGCGUCAUCAAGGAUCCAAGUCCGGGGUAGGUUUGCCAUUGGUUUGUUUCACCCCCCUUCUAUCUAAUAGUGUCGUGCUAACUGAGUUGGUGUUAGAAUUGCACAACU